AUGAUCGACCCUGAUUCUCUAACUGAUAUUGAAAUUCAAAAAAGAAUUAAUUUAAAACCUUACUUCUUGGUCGAAAAUGAAAAAGCAAAUCAUGAUAUUUGGAAAAAUGAUAUCUCAUUAAUUGCAAAAAAAGAUCAGAAUGAUGUUACUCAAAUUCUAGAAGGAUGGGCAGCUGGUUAUGAAAGUGGAAAUGACAUUAGCUAUGAACAGCAACAAUACAAUGUGGCAACUGUUACACGCCAAUUUUCAGUUUUUGGCGGAAGUGAUACGAUUAAUAAAAACCCACAGAUUCUAAAAGACGAUUCAAAAGAUAUCUGGCAUUCUCUACCAUCAACAUUAAAUCAUCAGUAUCUGCAUUCUACAUUAACAACCAACUCUAACGAAGAGGCCAAAAUCAAUAAUGAUGAAAACUUUGUCACAGAAGAGAAUUCGGAAGAAGCACGAGAUUCUCUCCUAACGAUGAAUUCCGCCCAUUACCGUCUAAUACAAAAAAAACGUCGAAUUUUAUCCAGAGAGCAACGUAAAGAAGCGAAUAAGCGAGAGCGAAGACGAAUGGAAACAAUGAAUGAUGCUUACACUAAUUUACGUCAAAUAUUACCGUAUGAAAAUGGACGAAAACGACGUAAAAUGUCUCGCAUCGAUAUUGUCAUGGGAGCGAUUGAGUAUAUUCACAAUUUGCAAACAGUACUUGAUGAUAAUUAA